CUAUCGACCGUGUGGUUCGAGUGGUUCACUACUGUACCACGCAUGUACGAAUUAACAACAUCACGACACACAGUUGCAUUCAUGAUGAUCUGCUUACCUUCUGGGUUCAAGCUGGAUCCGGCCUCGCCAGCGUACAAGGCGGAGGUCCACGCUCUUGGAGUCGAAGCCAAGAAGAAGACGCUUGAAUACUUGGCUGUACAAGGCUCACAGGCUGUAGCCGUUGGCUCGGUCGUCAAAGCCAUGCGUGCGCUUCACAAAGCAGGCCACCUUUCCGUCCUCCUUGGCCAGUUUCGCGAGCGCUACUAUGCAGGCGAAGUCGUCGACCCGACACCCAAUUCCGCCCUUCCACCAUUCCUGCGCUUUACCUAA